AUGGUUUUAGGAAAGAACUAUGUGUGGCUUGAUCCCUUUGUAAGGGUUGAAAUUUUUGGGAAAUGUUCAAUGUAUAAGGGAAACUCUGCCGAAAUUUCGGCAGAAAGUCUCGUGCCCCUACUUCUUUUGGAAAAGGUGGUUACAGUUUUAGUGAGUGGGCCCGACAUCGGGAUGAUGUCGGGAAUUCCACAGGAUUCGUCCCAGGUUUCGAGAAAUUCGGGGCGGGUCCUGUCACAAAGAAGUUUUGAGUUGCUGGAAAAAUCUUUUGAGGACAUUCGUGGGAAGCUUACAAGAUUGGUGUCAUCAAGAGCUCAUGUCGAGGAACCCAAUGGAGAUGUCGGAACAAGUUAUCCCCAACUCAGAAUCAAAGAUCCACAUCGAGUGAAAGUAAAAGGGCGUGCGAAAAGAGUUAAAGAAGAAAAAGAGAACGCAGUGCAACGACAUAAACGUUGGUGCACUGAAUGUAGGAAGACUGAUCAUGAUAGACGGAGUUGUCCAAAACUUGCGAGCCUCUCUUCAUCUUCCAACACAAAAUUUGGUGGUCCAGUUGGUGAGAAUUUGCAGCCCACUCAGAGCACGCAAGACAGCUUUGUUAACAUGCCAAGUCAAAUAAGCCAACUUCUGCUCAGCUCCGACACACUUUUGAGUCCAAUAAUGGACCAAGGAAGAGUUGUGUUCCAGUUUGUUCUUCAUAUCAUUUAUUUCCAUAGCGGGAUCAUCGGAGUCCCCCUCGCUUGUGGAGGAGGUUGGAAGAGGCAGCGGUGGUGGAGGGGACCUUGGAUAAUCAGGGGCAUAUUCCCAUGA